AUGGUAAUGGAUGAUGCAGUUAUCUUCAUUGAAUCAAUGGAUAUUGGCGAGAGCGUCGUCGUCGUGGAGCUCGACAAGGCGGACAUGGACGUCGAGACCUUCUACGACGGCUACCUCGCUGCAAUUAUGGUCGAAGAGGGUGCCGUGGCCCCCGUCGGCUCCGCCAACGCCCUCCUCGCCGAGUCCCAGGACGAGAACCCCCUUGCUAAAACCCAAGCCUCCUCCUCCUCCGCCACUGGCGUUUCCGCUUCUCCUCCUCCCGCUCAAGCACCCGCCUCUCCUCCCCUGCGAACCGUAGCGUCUCCGAAACCCUCGCCGGCGGCCGCUUCUUCUUCGACUCACUCGGCGUCGGACGGUGGGCAGCGAUACGCUAUGAAGCUUGCUAAGGAUCUAAAGUUGGACCUGACUGGGUUGUCUGGAACCGGACCAAUGGGGAGAAUCGUGGCCAAGGAUGUGGAAAUUGCCGCUGCAAGUGCUGCAGCCAUGCGGAUCGCUCCACCGAAGGUCACAGUGGAAUCUCAAUUGGCGAAGUCUCCUACUUCUCCAGCCAUCGAAUUGGGCACUGUGGUUCCAUUCACCACAAUGCAGGGUGCUGUUAUCGAAAACAUGGUCGAUUGCCUCUCACUUCCGACGUUGGGUGGUUAUACGAUCACAACGAAUGUCCUUGAUGAUCUUUACAAGAAAACUAAGUCAAAGGGGUGCCACCAUGACUGCAUUGCUAGCAAAGGCUACUGUUGCUGCAGAGAUGGUAAAAGCUUUAUCUACAACAGCAGCAUCAACAUUGCUGUUGCUGUGGCCAUUGAUGGAGGGUUAAUCACACCAGUCCUUCAGGGUGCAGACGAGGUUGAUAUCUACUCAUUGUCAAGGAAAUGGAAGGAAUUGGUUGACAAAGGAAGACCGAAGCAGCUGCAACCUCAUGAGUAUAACACUGUCUGCAGGUACAUUUACUCUUUCAAACCUUGGGAUGUUUGGUGUUUUUGAUGCAAUUUUACCUCCUGGAAUUGUAAGCAUUGAUCCUAAGUGCAUCUCAACCAACUGUUGUUGCUACCGAGGAUGGUAGGAUUAGUUUAAAGAGUCAGAUGCAGGUGAAUACUGCAGAUCACUGUAUCAUUUAUGGAAGGAUCCCAAAGAUCUCACCCUCUUAAGUGCUGCUAGAAAAUUAGUGAGUAGAGAAGCCAUUGCAUGCUCGAUUUUAUUAUUAUCUGCAGAUUAAUGUGAAAUUGAUUUUUUUUCAUUCAAC